UACAUAAAACGGGUGCCAAACGGCGGCUAAUUAACCCAAAAGAAAAUCUCUGCCUUCAAAAUUUCAAAAUUUCUCAAAAUCGCCGCAUAGAAAAUCGAUAGAUUUCCUGCAAUUUAACAUGGAUAAUUCGAAAGUUCAAGAGAUAUUGGAGAAGCAAUUAUUGACUGUGGCGAAGGCUGUGGAAGACAAGAUAGAUGACGAGAUCUCGGCUAUAGAUCGGCUAGAUCCUGACGAUAUGGAGGCGUUAAGGGAGCGACGAUUGCAACAGAUGAAAAAAAUGGCGGAGAAACGGAGAAGCUGGACAGCCCUUGGCCACGGCGAGUACUCAGAGAUUCCAAACGAAAAAGAAUUUUUCUCUGUUGUCAAAUCCAGUGAACGCGUAGUGUGCCAUUUUUACCGUGAAAAUUGGCCUUGCAAGGUCAUGGACAAGCAUCUGAGUAUAUUGGCUAAGCAACAUAUUGAGACGCGCUUUGUGAAAAUCAAUGCUGAGAAAAGUCUUUACUUGGCUGAGAAGCUCAAAAUUGUCGUUCUUCCUACUCUUGCCCUCAUAAAAAAUGCUAAAGUGGACGAUUAUGUGGUUGGAUUUGACGAGCUUGGAGGAAAAGAUGAUUUCAGCACUGAGGAACUCGAGGAGAGGUUAGCAAAAUCCCAGGUUAUUGUUUACGAGGGUGAAUCGUCCCUCCAUGCGUCCAAAUCUAAAGGCAAAACCAAGAGUGUCCGUCAAAGCUCAUACUCAUCAGACUCUGAAUAGAUGUAAAGUAACGUUAAUUUUGAGUCAUGUUGUGAAAGUAUUUGGCAAUAUUUUCUAUGAGACCUAUUUCUAUUUUAUAGGUAACUUACAUCGAAAAUACAAACUUUC